CUUGGAAGAACAAACUGGCUGCCUUUUGAAAUUCUCAGGAGACUUGGACAAUAUGACAUCCAGGGAAGAUAUUCAUGCCUUAUUUCAAGAUCAUGGUGAAAUCAAGUGGAUUGACUUCAGUAGGGGUUCUAAGGAGGGAAUUAUCCUGUUUAAGAGUGAUGCCAAGGGAGCCUUGGAGAAAGCCAAGGCUGCAAAUAAAGACAACUUACAGUUGAAAGAAAAGGAUGUAGUCUGGGAGCUCCUGGAAGGUGAUGUAGAGAAGGCUGCAUUAAAGAAAAUCAUGGAGAACCAACAAGAAUCCUACAAUAGGUGGAAAGGCAAAGGUGGUAAGAAGUUUAAAGGCAAAGGAAAGGGAGGUAGAGGAAAUGAUAGCUCAUCCAAGAAGAGAAUUCAGUACCAAGGAAAGAAAAAGAAGUUUGAAAGCAGUGACGAAGAAGACAUAGAAGGUAAUUCAUUACAGCUUUAUUUAACUAGUGCCCCACAGGAGCAGCUUUACAGCGUUUAAUGUAAACUUAUGUGG